CGUGUUUCCGGAAGACGUGGCUAGUGCAACAGUGGCAGCUGUUGUAAUAGCACUUGAACGUGUAUUUUAGUAAAAUACAAUUAACAGUGUCAACCUUUAUAUUUUACAAGCUGUAGAUUCAUUGUCAAAAUGAUCUCUCUAACGGACUCACAGAGUAAGGCGAUUUCUAUUUUAUCUAACGGUUGUUGCUUGCCAACUUGUUCCAGCUCUUUGGCUAACGUUCGUUAGCAAGCUAGCCUCAGCUACAUUACUAACGCUAAGUUAAGCUAGGCUAUUCUCUUAAUGUGAGGAAACCAGCUAGAAAUAGCUAACUAGCUGAAUAGUAUUUUUUUGCUAGAUAGAGUGACAAUUGACAGCUAACGUUAGCUAGCUAAUUAAUGAUAUUCAUUCUGAGCCAGAUGGCUAGCUAGGGAGCGAGGAUGUCAAUUGAAACCACAGGAGUUUGGUGGCACCUAAUUGGGGAGGACGGGCUCGUGGAAUAUGUGGAAUGGUAUGUUGCAUGCCAUCCAUUCGCUCCGUUACCGCCAUUGUUAUGAGCCGUCCUCCCCUCAGCAGCCUCCUGUGAUUGAAACAUAUGAACGUUAGUGUGCUUGGAUACUUGAAAUAAUAUGAUUCCUCUUUCUUGCAGAGAUCGGAAUGGGACUAACAGGCUUCGGUGUGUUUUUCCUCUUCUUUGGAAUGAUCCUGUUUUUUGACAAAGCCCUCCUUGCAAUAGGAAAUGUGAGUGAUUUCACCAUCCACAGUUCAUAUUCAGAAUGUUUGCCUACCUUCUGCAGCUACAUACACAAGGCUUACGUUUUGCACUAUUUAUUGGACGUUGGUGUGAUCUGCAAUUCCAUUAUCUCUGAGGGACACUGAGAAACACACAGCUGCAGAGUCAGAGCUCCUUGUCUGAGGGUUAAUGGUUGUUCACUCUGUGUGUGCCUUUCUGUCUCUCUCUCUCUCUCUCAACUGAGAACAAUCACCACCUUAUAGAGUAGUGGAGAGUUGUAGGGUUUAAUUGUGAAGUACUCUGUCAUUGUCAACAAACAUUGACAUUGUCUGUUCCCUGUCCCUUCUAUCUCUCUCUAUAGAUCCUGUUUGUGGCUGGCCUGUCGUUUGUUAUCGGUCUGGAGAGGACCUUCCGCUUCUUCUUCCAGAAACACAAGAUGAAGGCCACCAGCUUCUUCCUGGGUGGAGUGUUGAUCGUUCUUAUUGGCUGGCCCAUUGUGGGCGUGGUCCUGGAGGUCUAUGGUUUUUUCCUUUUAUUCAGGUGGGUACAGUACAGUACAGGCCCCAGGCUCAGUUUGCUAAGCUUAUCUUUAGAAUAAGAUCCAGUCUGGAGGGAAACAAGCCAAGGAAAGCUUUGUUUGUCCUGUCAACUGUGUCUUGCCCCCGCCCCCUGUUGAGCGCAGCCCCCAUUUGAUGCAAGGGCUUUGCUGCGUGUAAAGAUCCGUAGUCCGUCAUCAUGUGCUUGCUGUUGUCAACUAACUCUCUCUCUUUCUCUCCCCCCCUCUCUUUCUCUUUCUCUUCUCCAGGGGUUUCUUCCCAGUGGCAGUAGGCUUCAUCAGAAGGAUACCCAUCCUGGGCUCCCUGCUAAACCUCCCAUUCAUCAGUGGGGUGAGUACAGUGAUGUAGUGGUAAAAAAAAUCUGAUCGCCGGUUACGGUGAAAAAAGUAACGCUCCUAUAGUUUCAAUGCAUUUUUCCCGGUGGGUAAACUGUGUUUUACUUGUGUUUAUCCUCCACUACACCACUGAGUGAGUAAAACGAUGGGAACAGGAGCUACAAUGCAGUGGUUGCUGUGUGGGCUGAGGUAGUUACACUAAAGACAACACAUGGUCCACUUGGGCUCUGACAGUGGUUCUGGAAGGCUGUAGUGUCUCAU